AAAGGCAGAGCUCCUGCCGGUUGCUCGAAAAAAAAAAUCGUUCCCCCAAAUUCCCCAAUUAAACCAACCCUCGUUCGUCCGUCCGUCCGCCGUCUCCGUCUCCGUCUCCGGCGGCGCCACCCCGCCAUGUCGGUGGACGACUGCUUCGUCCCGUUCCACUCUCCUCUCCGGGAGCCGACCGCCUACGACCGCUGGGGGAAGGGCCCGCAACCCUGCUGGUCGCAGCUCGAUCUGGACAAGUGCGCAGCGGGAGGCUCGCAAGGGCAAGGCGGCGCCGACAGGCGCAUCCUGCAGUUUCUGAACCGCCCCCUCGCCGUCCCCCCAAGGCGCCUGCCGCCGCCCCUUGGCCCGCUGCCCAAGCUCUCGGAGCCGCCCUCCCAGACCCAGCACAAGGAGAAUUUGCCAGAGGAGCCAAAGCAGCGCCACCCUGCUCAACCUGCAGUCUCAUCCGCUGCUUCCAGGGGGAGGUACGCAAGGAGUCGGGCUGGGUGGGCUUCCAAGGACAGGAGUACCCCAUGCAUCAGGAGCCGAGCUGCCUGUGCUUCCAAGGAGAGGAGCGCUCCUGAAGGUAUCAACAUGGAGGAACAUGGAUUUAGGUUUCAGUUCACUUUCCCUGAACCCGAUUAUGGGGAGUACGGCUCUGAUUUCGGUGAGGAAGAGGAGUGUUUACCGAGGCAGAGGAAACCUCCCGAAGUAAGGAAUGCACUCCGUGAGAAGAGAGUCGCGUUUAGGCAAAAGACUGGGCGGCACCAUGCAAAGGUAGCCCUGCGUAAGUACAACAGAGCAAACAACACCAAGUUUGAGCUGGUGGAGGUGCCAGUGAUCCGUGAGUUUUGGGAGUUUGGAGGGGGCUGCAUCCAUUACAACUUCACGGCUAAGCAAGCAGAGGAUCAUCGUCAUUCUGCUGAUGCAGACAACACCAAGCUCUUCUUCUCUGAGGUCAACUCUGCUUUCCAUGGCGACAAGGAUGUGGUCCUGUGCUGUAUCGUUGGAGAACAUGACAAUGGGCAUUGCUAUGGCUGUGAAGGCUUCAAGCCAACCGUUGUUCACCCUAGCAGCCAAGCGUAUGGCGGUGGCAGUAGUACUUGCAUUGAUUUUGCUGGUUCAGAUGGAAGCUCGGAGAGUGAUUAAAACGCAAAAACUUCCGGUGGUUGAGCUCGGUGGUUGGAUUUGGCUUGCAUGCAUGGCUAAUCUUCCAGGGUGUCUUGUCUCUUAGUUCUUAAUAAUGCCAAGAUAAAUGUACUUUUGGUGGUUAA